AUGGCUCCCCCCGAACAUGAUCGCGUGCUCUGGUACGAGCAUCCGGCAAAGAUAUGGACGGAGGCACUCCCAAUUGGCACGGGCCGAUUAGGGGCGAUGAUCAAAGGCGGCUUGGACGUGGACAGACUGUGGAUGAACGAAGAUUCCGUCUGGUACGGAGGCCCGCAGAAUCGGGUCAACCCUUUGGCCAAAGACAGCCUGCCCGAGGUCCGCAGACUGCUGGAUCUCAACCAGGUGCAAGAAGCGCAAGAACUGCUCAAGAGAACUUUCACGGCACUGCCUUCGAGCCUCCGGCACUAUUCGCCUCUUGGCGAUGUCUAUAUGACCUUUGGACACGGCACUCCUAGCGACGACAAGAAGGAUUUCAGUGGAAUUCCGGAUCAGACGAAGCGAGCUGUCAGGCCCGCAGCUGAGAGCUAUAUUCGUCGUCUGGAUCUGACAACUGCCAUUGCAAGUGCAAGAUAUACAUUUGAAGGAGUUGAAUAUCUGCGCGAGUAUUUUGCAAGCACAGCAGACGAAGUGGUUGCUGUACGGAUCUCCUGCAACCGCACGGAUUCUCUUCGAUUCCAGGUCCGAGUCAACCGUGGCAGCAACGACAACCCAAUGUUGGAGCGGAAUUGUCUUUACGACAGCCUCGAGAAUAUUCCAAGCGGCCUUCUCUUGAAGGCCAAUUUGGGAGGCCCGACUGCCGUGUGGGCUGCAAUGGGAGUUAAAGUCGUGAUCGAACAAGGUAAAGGCCAGUGUCUUCUGGGCGAGGAACUGGAUGUCACAGGAGACUCGGUCCUGAUCCUCAUCGCCGGCGAAACCACCUUCAGAAACAAGGACGCUGGCCAGGCCGUUAUUGAUCGACUUGAAGCAGCAGCAAAGUAUUCGUGGCGGGAAUUGCAGGAUAGGCACGUACAGCGCUAUUCAUCGCUCUACUCAAGGGUCUCGCUUCGCAUCGGCGAAGACAAUUCUAAGUUGAGAACUCUUCCCACAGACAAGAGACUUGCUCGCGUCAAAUCUGGCGAAGUUGACAACGACCUAGCGGCAUUGAUGUUCUCCUUUGGGCGAUACCUCCUCAUUGCAUCUUCGCUCUCCGGCCUACCCGCAAACCUCCAGGGGAUAUGGAACUACAGCCAUCAGCCAAUCUGGGGUUCCAAAUAUACGAUCAAUAUCAACAUUCAAAUGAACUACUGGCUCGCCGAAGUCGCCAAUCUGUCAGAGUGUCACCUGGUGCUCUUCAAUCACAUCCAGCGCAUGGCUGAACGCGGCAAGCAAGUGGCACAAGACAUGUACGGGUGUAGGGGGUUUGUUGCGCAUCACAACACCGACAUAUGGGGCGACUGUUCUCCUCAGGACCGCUACGUCCCAGCUACGUACUGGGUGCUCGGGGGAGCUUGGUUAUGUACCCAUCUCUGGGAGCACUACCUGUACACUCAUGACCAGGAAUUUUUGAAAUGGGCCUACCCCCUGCUCCAAGAGGCGGCGUUGUUCUUUGAGGAUUUCCUCAUUGAGAGAAACGGUGUCCUGGUGGUAUCACCAACAGUUUCGGCCGAAAACUCCUACAUCAUCCCGGGCACCAGGGAUAUCGGUGCAGUCUGUGUGGGUGCAACAUGGGACUCUCAGAUCUUGUACGAGCUCUUCACCGGCUGUGCUGAAGCGAGUAAGAUCCUCGGGCAGCCCGCGGAUAGAUACGUCAAAGUUCUGUCCCAGCUGCCUCAACCCAAGAUUGGGAAACACGGUGAACUUCUCGAAUGGAUGGAAGAGGUGGAGGAGGUGGAGCCUGGCCAUCGGCAUAUCUCGCAUGCCUUCGGCCUAUAUCCCGGUCGCAGUCUCCUGUCGGAUGAGCACAAAUCCGCUGUCAGAGUCACCUUGAAACGACGGCUGGCCGGCGGCGGUGGGCACACUGGCUGGAGUGCCGCAUGGAUUCUGGCACUAUAUGCUCGUCUAAGAGAGCCAGAGCAAGCGCAGGCAAUCAUCCAGAAGUUCCUGCAACACUCCACCCUCCCCAACCUCUUUGGCGAUCACCCACCAUUCCAGAUCGACGGAAAUUUUGGUAUUGCGGCAGGAAUCGCGGAGAUGUUGAUUCAAAGCCAUGAAGAAGGCUAUGUGGACCUCCUCCCUUGUCUCCCACACGAGUGGGAGGACGUUGGCCGUGCCACUGGACUGUGUGCCCGAGGCGGAAUAUCGGUGGAUAUAGAGUGGAAGAAGGGAAAACUGGUGUCUGCUCGUUUCGUUGGAAAGCGCAAGGUGCAAUUUGUCGCACGUAUCGAUCCCAAGAGAUUAGAGGGUGGAUCGGGUCAUGCUACUGUCCAGCUGGAUGCUGGCGACAGUAAGAUCCUCACAGGAUCCUGGCAAGGCUAG